GUAGGAGAACACUGCUAACGCAAGCCAAAGUAGUUGAGUUCGGAACUUURAAGUGCACAAGUUCAUAAAAACCAUGAGUGAAGCCGAGAAAAGGAAGACACAAAUGGAUCACCGACGAGCAGAAAUGAAUGAYGACGAGCCCGCAUUGGAAGGAUACGAGCGGUGAGUAACCAUGUUGCGUGAUGCUUGAGCGACCGUUGAUUUCGUCGCGUGUCUUUCUUCUUUUGUUUYGCUAUGAGAAUCGGCGCUUGGCUCAUCCUUUGAACRCUAUAUUUUGAUCUGAUAGGACCGAUAUGAUCGGGCAGGGUGCGUACGGAAUAGUUUACAAAGGAAAAAAAGAAGACACGGGCGACACUGUAGCGAUUAAGAGGAUCCCUUUCGCAGAUUCAACUCCCGAAGGGGGUGUUCCCUGCAAUGUCAUCCGCGAGAUUUCUUUGUUGAGGGAACUAGAUCACCCAAACGUGGUGAAGUUACUGGAUAUUAUCCAGGCACACCCAGGAGGACUAUACUUAGUUUUCGAAUACGUCGCGCAUGAUUUGAAAACGUACAUGGAUCAGUAUCAGACGUCCGACGAUAUUUCCGAGCGAGUGGGACUUCCCCAUGCAACAGUAAAGAGCUUUUUGCGCCAAAUCAUAGCCGGCGUCGGUUGUUGUCACACGUUUAGAAUUUUGCAUCGAGAYUUGAAACCCCACAAUUUGUUGAUUACUGGAGAUGGAAAACAAGUCAAGCUCGCCGAUUUUGGUUUGGCUAGAUUAUCUGCMAUACCAAAUGGCCCUUAYACUUUCGAGGUUGUUACAUUGUGGUAUCGUGCUCCCGAAUUACUCCUUGGGGCCAAUCGAUAUUCUACAUCGGUCGAUGUGUGGUCGAUUGGAUGUAUCUUUGCAGAAAUGGCUACAGGCAUGCCACUUUUUCCUGGUCGGUCCGACAUCGACCAAAUUUUCAAGAUUUUUCAAAGGAAAGGUACUCCAACUUCAGAAAUGUGGCCAGCUGUUGCGAGACUUCCGCAUUACAAUGCUGAAUUUCCACAGUGGAGGGAGAGACCUAUAACAGAUCAAGUACCCAUGAGCUCUCUUGGAAGCAAUAAUGCUGUAGAUCUGCUUACAAAGUUACUGAUGUAUGAUCCAGAUCGACGGAUUGCAUGCAAAACGGCUCUGCAGCAUCCUUAUUUCUUUGAAUAAAAAAUUGGAGCUCUGGAUACAAGUAACAUUUCUGAAAUCGGGCUGAAAUCGGGAUUCCAAAAAAAUCUCUACGACACAUCUAUGGUAGACUGCAUAUUCCGAUUAARACUAUUUUUCGARUUUCUUGUACAUGACUGUCUACGCGUCGAUAUGUCGCUUCAAUAGAUAMGAAGUUCUAGCAAAGACAAAGAAAACAGUUUUGAUCAUGUUUGAGCUGAKCCUAAUCUCCCGUGGCAUUGAUGACGACAUCUUUUCAUAGAUCACUUGUAUAUCAGAACCCAAGAGAUGGUCACUGAUAUUUUUUCGAGUUGUGAUCUUCGUUGCUAUGAAGCUCCUUCWGUGAUCGAGGUCGAGUUACCAAAACGCAUGGUAUCAGAAUGGCCCAGUGUGCCAGUUGAAGAACGAAAGAUGAGGCCGGGGUGGCAGGAAACGUCAGAAAUGCGUAUUCUAUUGACGCAAGUAACAAUAUCCGUAUGGGAACAGGAUACAAAGUUUCUCUCCAUAGAAGAUAUGGUAAAGAUGGAAAGUACCAAGAAUAAAAUUGAUAGUGCAAUGUUCGUGCACAACAGACUCCAACAAAAUUUGAUAUAAAAAGAGURGAAAGGAUUUGUUCCUGAGAAAGGUUUUUGUGUUUUCCGACCGGGAGGCAUUUGUGGAGCCUAUAAUGAUAAAUACAUAGCAACCCAAGGUGGAGAAAAAGCAAAAAUAUUGCCAAUGGCUUUGAGAGGAAAAUAUCCUCGGGAAGGAACUUYAAGUUCACCGUCCACUUGAAAAAAAACUGACGAUCAAGUUCAAAUGCUUUCCGUAGAUAUGAUGUUGGAUAUCGAGCCAAAAAGGGAGCUCCGAUGAUGAGUUGAGUGACACCACAGAUCGCUAGUCGUGGUAUGGUCAUGAUUGGACUUGUUUCGAUCAAAAGGUAUAGUAAACCUGGUGCAAAAAGCAAGACAUUCAUUUUGAGGGAGACUGCCAAAGAAAAYACAAAGCAACCUAGGUUCCACUUGUUUUCCAUGAAGCACCAAAAUGAGAUGUAUGCCACUAGCAUUGUUGGGCCGUCGUUGAAGAGACGAAGCAAAAAUAUACUGUGGUACCUCUUCGAAAKACAAAGAAGCCCCAUCGCUAUGCGAAACGACCAGACUUCGUGGGUAAGGGAACAAGAGGCAUUGUCAGAAAUUUCGCUCGUUUUUGAACCUUCGAAUUGUCGCGUUUUCCGAACUUGUCGUAGAACCAUCAAGUAAAGUCCGAAGACGACGGACUGAGUCAACACGUAAAACCCAAGGAAAAUGAUUUGAGCUUCCGGGAUUUUGCGAUCUGUUAACCACUGUAAGAAUCCAAAUAGAUACAAGAAUCCAGCCGGGUAUACUAAAGGCCCAGUAUCCCCAUGAAUUUUUCGAUAAUCGUAUUCUCCGUCCAACCAAAACUCAACUUCUUGCAUGUAAGCAACCCAAUCUAUUUCGGUGUAAGGAACUUUUUGAAUAAUCAAAAGCCCUAAAG